AUCAGUUGGUGGCGGUAAUGCACCAGUAGUUGUUUGCCAAUAAAACCACACAAGAAGACGAAGAAGAAACCGCUGAUGCUAUAGAGGACAAGAUGGCGGGCGUGCUCAAGAAGACCACCGGGCUGGUCGGCCUUGCAGUGUCCCAGAACCCACACGAGCGGCUCAGGAUCCUGUACUCCAAGAUCCUGGCCUCACUGCAAAGCAUGCCACAAGACGCCGCCUACAGGAAGUACACAGAACAGCUGGUCAAUGACAGACUGCACCAUGUCAAAACAGAGCCGGAUGUGGAGAAGCUGGAGCAGAAGAUCAGCUGUGGUCAGAUUGAAGAGGUUAUUUUCCAGGCGGAGUGUGAGCUGAGCCUGUCUCGGAAGAUGAGUGAGUGGAAGGCCUGGGAGCCGCUGGUGGAAGAGCCACCCCCAAACCAGUGGAAGUGGCCCAUCUAAAGCACCCUCCACCCCCAAACAACUGUACAACUGCUGCUGUGUCUGCAUUUAAUGUUCACCUGUGUAAAUAAAAUGUUUUCCUUGUU